ACAGAGAGAGGGAAUGCAGAUGGUCAACCUGUGGUGAUCCUUCUAGGUUGGGCAGGCUGCCAGGACAAAUACCUGGCCAAAUACAGUGCAAUCUACAGUCAGAAGGGGUGCACCGUCAUCCGCUACACAGCUCCAUGGAGGAUGGUUUUCUUCUCGGAGACCUUUGGCAUCAGAUCCCUUCAGACCCCAGCCAGGCAACUCCUGGAGCUGCUUUUUGACUACAGCGUUGAGAACAGACCAGUUCUUUUUCACGUUUUUAGCAACGGUGGUGUCAUGCUGUACCGUUACAUCAUUGAGGCUCUCGACACUCACAAGCCGUUUAAAAACCUCAAAGUAGCGGGCACCAUUUUUGAUAGUGCCCCUGGCAGAAGAAACUUGAGAGGAGGCCUCCGUGCCUUGGCAGCUGUCUUGGUAUCCACGAAUGUGCUGCUCAAGUAUUUCCUCUUAUUCGCUUUUGCUACUACCGCUGUCGUGCUGCGGAUCUUGCUGUACCCGUUGACGCGCUUCAUCCACGAGAGCCAUUACGAUGCGCUGCUGAAAGCGCCCUCGCGCUGGCCCGAGCUUUACCUCUAUUCCCAAGCCGACGCCAUCAUCAAGGCCAGUGAAGUUCAGCACAUGGCUGAUGCCCGGCAGCAGCUUGGUGUCUCUGUGAAAGCUGUAGACUUCUCAGAUUCGGCUCAUGUCAGCCACAUGCGAGUGUACCCCACCUAUUAUAGCAACCUCUGUACAACUUUCCUGUCUGACUGUGUCACGGACUCUCAGCGUUAGCUGUGU